AUGUAUGACAGAGUGUCGACUAACAUACAUACACCGGUGGGUAUGACAGAGUCUUUCCCAAUUAAAGUGGGACUACAUCAGGGACCAGCACUAAAUUCUUUCAUUUUUACGGUCAUUAUGGAAGAAAUCUCUAAAUCCAUCUGGAAAACCGUACCAUUGUGCAUGCUUUUCGCCGACGAUAUAGUUUUGGUCGCAGAAACCAAGGAGGAGGCUAAUAGUAAAUUGGAAGAGUGCAGGGAAGCCUUAGAGGUUAAGGGGUUGCGCAUAAGCCGUACGAAGACAAAAUACUUGCGAUGCAAUUACAGCGGGACAGAAUCGAUAGGGGAGCCAGAGAGUAAUAGGGAGAUUGAUGAAAACGUUACUAAUCGUAUACAAGCGGGUUGGCUUAAGUGGCGAGCAGCAACUGGGGUACUUUGUGAUAAAAAAAUCCCGAAGAGAUUAAAAGGUAAAUUUUACCGCAUUGCAAUUAAGCCGACGUUGUUAUACGGCACUGAAUGUUGGCCCGUAAAGAAGAUUUUCGAACAGAGGAUGAAAGUAAUAGAAAUGCGUAUGCUGAAGAGAUGUGUAGUAAUACUAUGA